GCGCGGUGCAACGCGGCAGAGAGCAGCAGUUGGCAAUCUCCGAUGCGGCGGCGCGACGGCAGCAACACGUUCGUCGGGCUCGAGACGUUCAUCACGACCGGCGCGCAGGUCCGGUACGCGUGCCCCAAGUCCCACUGGCGUCGCAAGGCGCCGACCUGUAGCGGCUGCGACCAGCGCUUCCACCUCUUCCGGUGGCGCCACAACUGCCGCGUCUGCGGCGACCUCGUCUGCGGCGAGUGCAGCUGGACCGUGUACCUCGUCAACGCCAAGUCCAACGUCGGCCGUGCUUGCUACGCCUGCUCGCGCGCCUCGUCCGUCGUCGAAGCGCCGCGCAAGAGCACCAAAGUUGCCUUGCCGAUCGUGAAGCGCCCGACAUGCCCGAGCUUUCUCGACUCGCUGCGAACGACCGAGUGGGUGGACAGCGAGAGGCCGCUGGGCAGCUACCGCGGCAAGUCGAGUGCGUGCGCCAUGUGCAAAAAAGGCUUUGUGAGCGGCGAUGCGGUCGUCUCGCUGCCGUGCGACGACGUGUUCCAUAAGCACUGCAUUGGCGCCUACUUGGCGCUCCACGACCAGUGCCCGACCUGUGCCCACACGCUGCCGCGGGACAUGGCCUACAUUCGCAGCUUCUUUACGUUCAAAGCGCCCUUUGUGCCACCGCCGCCGCCAUGAACGUGCUCCACCAACUCGAGUCCAUGUCGUCGUAGAGUCGUAUGUAUGAAAGGUCCCUUGUGUCCCGUGUAUGUUGACC